AUGGUGUACGGCAUCCCAUCGCCCGAGGGGAGGGGUUCGGUGUUGGUGGCAUCGUUGACCGAGUUUGGUCCCGUGGACGAAGCGCGACUCAUCCAGACAUUGCAACACACAUUCGGAGACGGUUAUUGCGUGCAGAUAUGGCAUCCUCCCAAAGUCGGCUUACCCCAGCCACUAUCGAAGAAAAAAGACCGCCGCGAUACCAAGGCCAACAUCUACGGCCUUGCAGUUCUGGCCCUUCGGACGGGGCAGUCGAGCUUCCUUGUCGCAGACCGGUUGACCAAGCGUCAACUCACCGGUGAUCCGCGACCGGGCGAAAGUCCUGUAUUGUCGCUGGUGAUGGUUGGCAUUCGACCACCUUUGCGAACCCGGUUUAGCUCUGAGGAGGACGCCCAGAGCGAACACGUUCGGGUCAUUGCUAAGCGAUACACCAUACACCCAGUAGAGCACGAGAACGAGUCUAUACCUAACCUUCUCGGAUCCUUCGACCUUUCGUAUACCUUUCUGGGAGGUAGCAGUAUCGAUAUCACGACCCGGUUAUGCGAGUACGGCCUUGAGCUUCAUGAUCCGGACCACGGAGUCUUCAUCUCUGAUACGACGGCCACCGGACGCGAGAAGUUCGAGCGCGAUACCAAAGCCGCGUUAUUAGAUUCAACACCCCUGCCGGCCGAGCUGGUCACCAGCAUUGUCUCAUGCAUGGAUCAUCGCUGCCAGUCGGAUUUCGUUCCCCCAUCGGUGGAGAAGGAGAAUCUAGUCAUUUUUCUUGCAUUCCCAACCACGGAGGAUGAGAGGCAACAUUUGCAAUUUGGGAUCCAGCGGGAGGUACAAAGGUGCGUUGGGAAGAGGACCGGACGUCCAGCGAAAAGAAAACGAGAUGACGACCACCAGCAAAUAAACGUCCAACUGGUUCCAUGGGAGCACAAGCGCCAUGCGACCCGCCGGGACUUGGAGUACCAUUGGAAAGAAGUGCAUGAUCCGGCCCUCUGUCCAUUGAACUACCUUUUGGCGCCCAUCGAGUCCUCCCUUCGGCAGCGACAGGCCCUCGGAGAAGCCCAAUUUGGAUCGAUCUAUCAUAGUAAUGAUGGAUUUGUCCUCAUGGCUCGCAACACUCUUGACCACAUGGCCAAAACCAAACUGAACUACCCCAACGGCGAGCUCGGUAAGAUUGCACAACUCCAGCAGAAGGUAAGAGAGGGCACCUUGCCCGACUCGAGCGAGGUGGAGUUUUUGAUCGGACCGGAUGAUCCUUUCUACUAUAAUCCUCCCUUGUGGGAGCCCGUUGAUGGAGAAGGACUCAUCUCCAUUGCCGUGUUCUAUCUGACCAACAAGCUCUCGGACGAUCAAAUUCGGGCGUUGAAGGCAGAGUUGCUCACGGAUAAGGAGCUCCUUGAUCACCAAAAGGCGUGCUGUUUUGUCCCUUGGGAAGAUGGGGAUCCAAAUGCACCCGAUGGGACUAUUCACGACAUUUGGAGCAUCUUUUGGGAUAUGCGACGAUGUACAUCUUGCGAGAUGCCGAUCUUCUUCAUUGAUGAGCAGUCCGGUGUGGAUCAGACCGUUAUCAUGGUGGACAUUGAUCAUUUCUUCUGGCAUCCCGAUGAUGAGCAAGCGACCAAACUCCUGAGCGACGUGGAAGAUCCUUCUACCAAAGGACUGCUAUACGGCCGGGUGAAGGGGCGAAAUGCACAUGAUGGCCAUAUGAAUUUGAGCCGAGGGAACAUGAAUUUUGAUGAAUUUCUGGAAUCUUGUGGACUGGACGCGGAACAUCGUUACCCUCGACCCGGCUGGCCGGGGCAUGGGAUUCUGGAAAAUGAGGACUGA